AGGAACGGUGCCUCUGCGCCUCAAGUGUCAUAGCUGCACCAUAAUUGGCAAUCUUACCUAAUUUAAUUAAUAAGUCACAAUUAAACCUGGCUGUAAUCAUAAAAUACCAAUUUUGGUUAUUUUAGCUGAAUUUUUUUCACAUUUGCAGCUUUCAGCAGGGUGUUUAGUUUUGAGCGUUUUGAGGAGGUGCAUGUAACAGCAGACACGUUUACACCUUACAUAGGGUUUGUUGCAAGCUUAUAUCUUCGUCCGUGAUGUUGCAAAAGAUGUCAAUACUGCUUAAAAAUUUACCAAAUGAUCCCCUAUGAAUAUUUGAAGACCACUGCAUCCAAUUAUUGCCAAAUAAACGAGCUAGAGCCUCGUCAAAAAUGUUAUGUAAACGUGACUGGUAAGGGGUGGUUCAAGGGUGUUUGUAAAUGUACCCCCCUCUAAACUACCAAAAGUUUCAAAUUUGAUAAAGUUCAGAUAAAAUAACCCAACAUGGUAUUAUUUGAGGAAGGUCAGGCUUUGGUUGAGUUGUGAUUUCAAUUUAUAAAGACAAAAAAAUGAAAGAUUGCAUGCUAUUGAUGCAACUUGCAAGUCACUUUAUAGGUUUGGACGUGGAACCACCAAGAUGGCUUGCCUGAACCGGUGCUGCUGCUGCGUUCCUCUCCGGAGCGGUGCGCUCACAAUCGCCAUCCUCUACCUCGUCGUCAACGUCGGCGUGCUAUUUGGAUGGGCUUGCUGGUUUUUUGCUGAAGUGGGCAUGUACAAUGCCACUCCUGUUGAAGACGACGAUUACAGACACUAUCGUUUCCGGAACAUCAGGUUCUUGGGCUUUAUACUGGGCGUAUUGUGUUUGACGUGCGGUAUCAACAUCACAAUGGACAGUCUCCUGGUGCACGGCAUCCGCAGGAACCAGCGCAAGUUCAUGCUGCCCUGGGUGGUGUGGUACGGCAUCUUCACGUCGCUGGUCACGCUCUCCCUGCUGGGCACCGAACUCUAUCUGCUCGUCGAUUAUGUGGAUGCGGCGAAAAAUCCAUACGACGGCAUUGGCAUCCUGAUGGCCUUCCUGGUCAUGAUUGGCAGCGUGGCGGCGAUCAGCCUGCCGGUGAUGUGGUACUGGUAUGCGUGCGUGCUGUCCUACUACGUCGUGCUGGCGCCCAGCGAUGUGUACGUUAUGGAGGCGCUGCGGGAGACGACUGGCCCGGAGGGAGCGCGUCUCGCCCGCCGACCCUUGGAGGACACCAAAUAGUCGGUGGGCACUGCUUGGUGCCGUGCAUUUAUAUGGGCCAAAGCCGGGGGGGGGGAGUAGGGUGCAACACAGGGGACGGGCUGGGCGAAAAGGGCAAGCGACUGUGAGUGGCGGUGUGUGCAAUGAACAAUUGUGCUUUCAAAGCUUGGCUUGGAAAAUGUUUUACGCUUUGCUAUACUUUUACCCAUAGGUGGUUUGAACAUAUCCAGCGGGCCAAGUGCUAACCGGAACUCUCACGCUGUUUCAAGGGGCCAGGCAGCGGCAAUGCCACGUGUGCUGCCCUGCAAUUGAACAAAAAUGUCUAAAUGUCUAGAGGCAAGAAUGUCUAGAAAAUGUCUAGAGGCAAGAAACUUACCCAUGGACCAGGAUGCUCUCCUACUGUUACCGAAUAUGCACGAGUAUUUUUUGUGUUUUUGCUCUCCAGUCGAGGGUCUAACCAGUUCAUUCAUGCCAUCCUCCAGAUGCCUUUCGUUUCGUUUCUCGCAUCGUAAUGCGAUGCGAGAAUCUCGUUGAUGAUAAUAAGAUUAAGAAAUUCGCAUGCCGUGAUCUGAUAGCGUUGGUGGGGAGACCGGGCAUGUGUUGCACAAUGUAUAACGUCUAAAUCGCUCAUUUCUUCGGUGCUCAACGAUCGGACAAAGACAGUGGCAUAUUGCUCAUCGUGUGUGACUGGACGUACAAUUUGCUGGCUGUUCUAGCCAAGCGGUCUGGGAGGAGGUAGGAGAAGCAAUGUUGAGAUUUCUUAGAGUUUAGAGUUAAUAUUUACUGUGACGCUGCCAGCUGCCGAUUGUGUCCUAAAAAUAUUUUUAUGUCCGUAUUUAAGCGUUACACAAUGAAAGGUCCACGUGGAUACUCGACAGACCGACUGUUAACAAAUGUGUAUCGUUUAUGUGCGAUUGAAGUCGAGAACAUGUGGUAUGGUGCCUUCGCGUGCGUCAUGGGCAUGGAGGUAGUGCUUUGCUUUGCUAUAGCCCAUUCAUUGAUAGCAAUAAAAUACAUUGAGCAGGAAAAAUCA